AUGCUAGACUCUGAUCCGACAAUUCUUCCAACAAGUCGAUAAUCCAUGCUACAAUUAAAGACCGGAAGUCGGAAAUUUGUGCUCAAUUUAUCAAUAAUUAGCAGCACACUCCCAUCCAAACUCCAGAGACGUCUAAAGUUUAUAUGGAAUCUCACCGGAGUGGCUGUUUGCCAAGCAUCUUAAGUUGUGGCUCCAUUCGAUUUUUCCGAUGAUGAAAAUCCGCCAAACGCUCAACGCCGGCAUUGAGCCCCAAUUGGAUGAACCGGAAAGCCCGCCGAAAAUGAACGACAUUAUUGAUUGGAAAACUUGGAAAACGAGAAACUGUGAAUCUCGUCGUAAUCCCAGUUUUUAUCGUCAUCGUCAAGUAGCCGGGACAGUUGCACCGAAAGCGCCUCUAAUUCAUCAUAAUCAUCACACUGGAGAUGGAUGCAAUUCCAAUUUGUGAAUAUAUCUCCGAAUGCGACUCACCGAGCAACAGUUAAAUUGGCCAAAUCAGGAUAAUGUGAUCGACGAGGCCCCACCACCAAACACGCCCACGUGGACUGUGCUAUUCGUCAACUGGACGAUUAUUCAUCACCGGCUUCAACGAUCACCGACUCCUGCCGCCUCGUGGCCUCGAAACGUGUGAGAGAACAACGAAGAAGCGGACAUACAUCGACCAACCCGUCGUCAUCCGAUUAA